AUGAAAAAAAAGCAUACUCUAUUACUAAGAAAGGUAAUUGGGGAAUAAAAUUAAAUGAGUUGGCCAUUUGCUGAUUAAGACUUCCAUUCUAGUAAUAUUUUUUAAAGUAUAAAUAUGUUAAUCUAUUAGCUUAGAGUCCACAUUAUUAAAUAUUAGAUUUUAGCUAGAAGAAUUAAACCAAUGAAAUUCUAUCUCGAUCAAUAGUUGGCAAAGUGGAAAUUUUCAAUAAAUAGACAAGUGAUUUGGAAAAGCCAAUUCGUUUUAGUUAACCUGUAAAGUUGUCUAAUUUGUAAAAUAAGAUUAAAAAAAGUAAUAAAAUACGCAUAUAUUAUUAAGCAAAUAAGAAUGAACCUUCAAGUAUAAAUUCAUCUUAAAGAAACAAAAAAUUCAAAACAAAUAAAUAGCAAGUAAUACAGAAAACUGAAAACAAUUAUUUUGAAGUUCUUGAUAAAUACGAAUUAAUUCAAAGGAUGGAAAAAAUAUAGAAAAUAUUAAAGAAUAAUGAAAAAUAGGCUUAAGAAUAACUUUAGAAAAUUUCAUAAACUGAAAAGAUAUUGAAAACGUAACAUGAAAGAAAUUUAAAUAAACAUGAAAAAUAAUUAUAAGUUUGGAAUGAAUUAUCAACAAAGAUCAAUUCUCGAAUGAAAAUUAAUUAAAGCACUUUAAUAGAAAGAUAGGAAAGUAUUUUUAAUUCAUUAAUAAGUAGAGUAUAGAUCUCGAUUAGAUUUUUUGGAAAUAUUUGAAGAAUUGAAACCUGAGGAAUCUAAAAAUCCAGUUAUAACAUGGCAUUAAAGAUUAAGAUCUCAAUAUAGGCCUUAAGUAUUUAAUUUUUCAAAUUAAGAAAACUAUUCAAAAAGAAGAAUAGGAAAGAUUAGAACUAAAAUAAGAUUUAUUAGAAUAAAUACCGAAUAGAGAAUUAUUAGAAAUUCCUAAUCCAUAAAAAUUGAUUUCUGAUAUCAAAAAUAAAAAUGGUUAUGAUAAAGGUAGAUCUGUAUCAGAUUACAAUGGAUUAAAAGUAAAAUAACUAGAAAUUAUUAGUUAUUGGGUUAAAGUGUCUACGAAAAGGAAUUACAAUCCUUAAAAAAAGAUAAAUCUCAAAUACAAUAAUAGUACUACUAUUAUAAAGCUCCGAAAGAAAUUUAAAUUAAUGAGGAAAAUCUUUGA